UAAUCCCAAAGGGAGAGGCUGGCUUGGAUAGUGACUGAGGCUGCGGCCGGAAUAGCGGGGGUCGGGCCCGCGCUGUUUCCUGCCGGUGGUUGAGGCACGCAGUCUGGCCUGGUUUAGUCGCUUUCCUGUCCGAUUCCGCGGGGGAGCUCCGCUGGGGCCGGAGGAGCGGCCGCCGGUGCUAUCAUGCUGCUGCCAGUGUUCACUCUGAAGCUGCGCCACAAAAUCAGCCCCCGCAUGGUGGCCGUGGGUCGUUACGACGGGACCCACACGUGCCUGGCAGCCGCCACCCAAGCUGGCAAGGUUUUUAUUCACAAUCCUCAUGCACGUAGCCAGCACCUAAAUACACCUCGUCUUCUCCAGAGCCCCCUUGAUGCAGAUGUCUCCCUUCUCAACAUUAACCAGGCAGUCAGCUGUCUUACAGCAGGGGUACUGAACCCUGAACUAGGAUAUGAUUGUCUUCUGGUGGGAACACAGACAAACCUUUUGGCCUACGAUGUUUACAACAACUCAGAUUUAUUUUACAGAGAGGUUACAGAUGGGGCAAAUGCGAUAGUACUUGGGACAUUGGGAGACAUUCCAUCACCUCUUGCAAUUAUUGGUGGAAAUUGUGCUCUUCAGGGCUUUGAUUAUGAAGGAAAUGAUCUAUUUUGGACGGUUACCGGAGACAAUGUUCAUUCCUUAGCAUUGUGUGACUUUGAUGGUGAUGGGAAGAAAGAGCUUCUUGUUGGGUCUGAGGAUUUUGACAUCAGGGUUUUUAAAGAAGAUGAGAUUGUGGCAGAAAUGGCAGAAACAGAGACAAUUACUUCUCUUUGUUCAAUGUAUGGCAGUCAUUUUGGAUAUGCUCUUUCCAAUGGCACAGUUGGUGUUUAUGACAAAACAGCGCGAUAUUGGAGAAUUAAAUCUAAGAAUCAUGCGGUGAGCAUUCAUGCAUUUGACCUUAACUCUGAUGGAGUAUGUGAACUAAUCACUGGUUGGUCUAAUGGAAAAGUUGAUGCCCGCAGUGACCGAACUGGAGAGGUCAUCUUUAAAGAUAACUUUUCUUCAGCAGUUGCUGGUGUGGUGGAAGGAGAUUAUAGGAUGGAUGGCCAUGUGCAGCUAAUCUGCUGUUCAGUGGAUGGGGAAGUGCGGGGUUAUCUCCCUGGUGGUGCAGAAAUGAAGGGGAACCUGAUGGAUACAAGUGUGGAACAGGAUCUGAUCCGGGAGCUUAGUCAGAAGAAACAGAACCUAUUGCUAGAACUACGUAACUAUGAGGAAAACUCCAAGCAGGCUGAAUCAAGCAGUCCAAUGAAUGAGUCUGAUGGGCAGCGGGGAAUUAUCCCAGCCAACACAAAGCUGCAAACAGCCCUUUCAGUGAACCUGGGCUCUGACAGCCAAGCUGCUCAUGUGGAAUUACGCAUCUCAACCUCAAAUGACACCAUAAUUCGAGCAGUGCUUAUUUUUGCUGAAGGGAUCUUUACGGGUGAAAGCCAUGUGGUACAUCCCAGCAUUCAGAAUCUUUCCAGCUGCAUCCGAAUUCCUAUCACUCCACCAAAGGAUGUCCCUGUUGAUCUGCACAUGAAGACUUUUGUGGGCUACAGAAACAGCACUCAAUUUCAUGUGUUUGAAUUAACACGACAGCUACCCCGGUUUGCCAUGUAUGCACUGAGUACCCCUGACCCUACCAAAGAACCACUCAGUUUUGUUAACUUCACUGUCAAUGAACGGGUACAAAGGGUUGUCAUGUGGCUAAACCAGAACUUCCUGUUACCAGAAGAUAGUGAGAUCCAAAAUGCUCCGUUUCAAGUCUGUUUCACAUCCCUACGAAAUGCUGGGCAACUCUGUAUAAAAAUAAAACCAAGUGGAGAGAUCACUGUCAAUACAGAUGAUAUUGAUCUGGCUGGGGAUAUCAUCCAGUCUAUGGCUUCCUUUUUUGCUAUUGAAGAUCUUCAGGUAGAAGCUGAUUUCCCUGUCUACUUUGAGGAGUUACGGAAAGUACUAGUUAAGGUGGAUGAAUAUCAUUCUGUACACCAGAAACUUAGUGCUGAUAUGGCUGAUCAUUCCAAUCUGAUUCGUAGUUUGUUGGUCCAGGCUGAGGAUGCACGUCUUAUGAGGGACAUGAAAACAAUGAAAAAACGCUACAUGGAACUUUAUGACCUUAACAAGGACUUGCUAAAUGGUUACAAAAUUCGCUGUAAUAACCACACAGAGCUUUUAGGUAACCUAAAAGCAGUAAACCAAGCUAUACAAAGAGCUGGCCGUCUUCGAGUUGGAAAACCAAAGAACCAGGUGGUUAGUGCUUGUCGAGAUGCAAUUCGGAGUAACAAUCUCAACAUGCUAUUCAGGAUAAUGCGAGUGGGCACAGCUUCGUCAUAGGACAUGGGUCAGAGGUGGUGAAAUGCUACCAGUCUUUGGGAGUGUCCCGUGAUUUUUCCUUUAGGCCCUUUCAAAUUAACCUGAAGGACUGAACAUUUAAAGACACCUUGAUAUGCUAUGAUUAGGAAAGGCAAGAUGGUUCUGUGCCCAGGUUUCACUUGUAAAGCACCAUUACUGAAAAAUGUCUGCAUUUCCUCCUUUUAAAGGAUCAGUCUUUUAAAAGAAUACAAAAUUGGUAUGUAGGGGAGUGAAAAACUGUAGGAAUUUGUAUUUUAAAGUGCAACUGUUGCUUAAUUAUAGAGAACUUUUUGAAAUUGUAUCUUUAAAAAAGUUGAACCACUUUUUUAUAGUUAUAUUAAAUUUUUAUUAAAACUUAAAAGCAUUUGACCUUUCUGCAUGUUCUGGUUAUUUGAAAAUCUACGUGCUUUUGUUUUUAAGACUUAACAUGCAUUUGCUUCUAUUCUAAUUAUUAAGAUACUGUUUUGCAUCUCAUUGGUUCGGGGAACUCCCAGGUAAGGUUACUGAAACAGAUCAAUUACUUUUCUGCAAUUGAGAUUCUUAAGUUAUUUGGGGGCAUUUGGAGGUUAAGUGGCUUGUCCAGGGUCACACAAGCAGACUAUUUCAGAAGUGGGACUCAAACUCAGGUCUUUCAGGAGAUCUCUGAAAAUUAAUUUUUAAUUUUAUAUUUUAUAAUUCAUUUUAUUCUGUGACAGAUUCUAUUUAGUAAACUUUUUUCUGUUCUGUAUUUUAUAAAAACUUCAGCCUUUUUUCUGUCUCUGAAUGUUGAAGCUCAUAAGUCCAAACAUUCAGUCUCCCUCUCUCAAGUUAGAUGCAAAGGUUUAAGUUUUCCCUCAACCACUGUUAUUUAAAGGAAAACUUUGAGUGGUUUAGAAAUUCAGUGCCCUCAUAAAAUACUCUUAUUAAGGAAUUGUUACCUCAGCACAACCUGCAAAUCACUUCAUGCCAAGGAAAUUGGCAUCCUUUAUAACUUUAGCUCCUGAGAAACUCCAUGACAGCUGUGUGCUUUCCUUGAGAGUGGACAUGCUGACUGUAUCCCAUCCUCCUCAUCCUUGCCAAUUAAAGGUGGUCUGAUCUCACUCCCAGGCUCCAGUGAGUCUGUUCCUGUCCACUAUCAGUGACCUUGGGAUGCAGUUGGGUUCCAUAAAUUCACAAAGCAUUCCUUCAAGACAGAGGGGUGGACCUGAUUCCAUGUCUGUGUGUUGUGUGUCCAUUUUCCUUAAUGUAACCAAUCAUAAGCCCUCACCCCCAUGAUGUUCCCAGCCCCAUAAAUCAUGGCGUGAUUUCCUCACUUAACCCUGUUCUGUUCAUUGUUCUAUGCUUAUAAAAAGGAGUUUCAUUUCCAGUCCUUUGUUUUUGGUUUGAAACUGAGGGAAGGUAUUGACCCCUUUAUUAAUAGGUUGGAUCCCCUAUAAAUAAAUUUCUCUUGCUUGGAGAGAACGUGCUUUAGUCUACCUUUAUUGAAAUUCACUUGUGACAGCUCUAUUCACUACUCCAAGGUGCCUUUCACUCCCAUUACCACCAUGUCAGUAUUGAUCACUGUUACUGCUUUGUAUCAGCUAUUCAUGUUUCUUGAAGAAAAACUCUAAUAUCUGCACUAGGGUUGAAUAUCUUUUUACAGGAAAUCUGGUUUUAAGUGUACAAUUGUGUAGUGUCUUAUGCCAGUAAACUUAUAUGAAGUGAGGCUAGAGAUCAUUUGCUCCAUUAAACACUCAUUUAGGGCAUUCACAAAUUGUUAAUUAGACUUAAAGAGUUUAAAUUUGAAACUGUCCCAAAUGGUGGACCUUUGUCACUUUCCCUAGUUUAAUGUCUUACUCAUAAGCAGUUCUGAGGGGGUCAGUUUGCUCCUCACAUUAACCUAAAUGGUUGCAGUUGUUUGCAUCAUUCAUGUUUAUACUAUUCCACUUCUGAAGCAUGCACUUUUGGAGUGAGGACAUUUUUUAGUAUAUAUUUUUGAGAGGAUUAUGUUCAGAUCUCAUGACUCCCACUGACCACUCCCCCCUAUCUCUAAAGAUGUUCAACUUGAAUAACAGGAAGUCACUCAGGUAUUUCAGCAUUGUUUUAUAGUCGUGUUAAUUUUAGAAGGAUGACAGGCUUAAAAUUUAUCUUCGGCUAUGUUGGGAAAUCAAAGAAAUCAAAGGUUUGACCAAAUAAAGAAUAAAAGAAUACCCUAUUGUUGGGACCCUAGGGUCAAGGGGAUUCUGUCUGGUCUCAGCUUCAUUAUUACAUCCUGUACUUGUUUGCAAAAAAGUGUAAAAAUUGCUUGACUUAUUGCUUUGGUGUGUCACAUGUCCUGGUGGCAUGGGCACCUUCUUUUGAAAAAAUAAAUGAGCUCUAUGCUUUG